GUCUGAAUGUAGUGCUCACCGUUGAACGCGAAGUUGUUCAACGUGAGCACCAACUCAGCCAGACGGAGCAGAGUGCUGGUAGGAGGAUCCCGAGUCUGGCGGAGAUCUAGAAAGUGUUUGAGCGCAGCCAAACCACCCGCGUGGGGAAUGGAUGUGUAAAGCGAUUUCACAUCCAUGGUGAAAAGAAAGUUGGAUGAACCUGGGAACUCAAAUUCAUCGAACAGACGUAGAGCGUAAUCAGUAUCCUUGACGUAGUGGGGAGCGUUUUGACAAUGGGUGUUAGACUGGUGUCCAGGAAGUUGGAUAUCAAUUCAGUGGGACAACUUCAGGCAGACACAAUGGGGUGGCCUGGAUUACCGGAUUUUUGAAUUUUGCAUAUAAUGCACGAUAUGCGGCAAACAAUAGAGGGGUCCCCUGUAUUGUUUCUUCUUUUGUGUUGCUGGAAUCUUUGGAAUUCCUUUCAGAUUUUUGAGGGGGUUGCAGUAGGCACAAUAGUGUUAGGGUACACAGCUUGUGUAUCACAGGGGGGGGGGGUCCCCGCCCUUUGCCGCAUAUCUUGCAGAGUAAAGAAGUUUGGGUAGCAAGUAAAAGACAUUGCCGUGCGUGGGCUGGGAACGACCAGUUCCCAGAUGACUGACCAGUUUGGUUCCAACUGAAAGUUCGAGUGCGGGGUGCUCUCUCUAAUAUAUGUACAGUAUAUACAGCUUUAGUGCCCAGACUUCGUCCAUCCACAGGUAUCGACUAAGGCCUCGCUGUUUGCGGGAUGUAUCUAAGCGGGACCUCAGCACCACUAUAUUGGGCCAUCGUUUAGACUUUCCAGUUGGUGUCUGUCCGACAGCCUUUCAGGGCAUGGUGCAUCCCGAGGGAGACGUUGCUAUGGCUAAAGGCGUGGCCAGUGUUGGGUCAGCAAUGGCUCUGAGCAUAUAUUCAAGCAACGACUUAGAAGACGUAACCGCCCCACUUUCGUCCGAAAUACCGCUGUUCCAACAACUAAACGUGUUUUGUGACCGUCAAACCUUGGAGCGAACAGUCGAGUACACCAAGCACAUAAUAAAACGAGCCGAGAAGGCAGGCUUGAAGGGCAUUGUGCUGACGGUCGAUCAGCCGGUUAGGGGCAGGCGGCUAGCUGAACCAAUUUUCAUACCCCCUUAUAUCAAAUGCCCGCUUAUCUCUCUUCCCAAUGAUCCUCAUUUUCAUAGUAAAAAUUUGAGUUUUGACGCUUCCAUGACCUGGGAUGACAUUGAAUGGCUACGGAGUAUGACCUCUCUACCAAUCAUUCUUAAAGGCAUUCUAACCGCUGAAGAUGCGAAGGAAGCAGUCAGGCGUGGUGCGUCCGCCAUCUGGGUUUCGAAUCACGGUGGCCGACAACUGGACGGUGUGUCAGCUUCGAUAGACGCACUGCCCGAGGUGGUCGACGCCGUGCGUGGCUCUGAUAUCGAGGUGUAUCUCGACGGAGGAAUACGUCAGGGCACCGAUGUCCUCAAGGCUCUCGCUCUCGGCGCACGGGCCGUGUUCAUCGGCCGACCGGCACUCUGGGGCCUCGCAUACGAUGUAGGUUUAACGAUCACUCUGUCUCUCUGCAAACAUGUUCUAGAACAAGGCGCAGCAGGAGUUACGCAGGUCUUGGAAAUCCUUCGAGAUGAGUUGAGCAGAGCUAUGGCGUUGAGUGGUUGUGCAUCAGUAGCUGACAUAACGUCGGAUCUGGUGAAAAUGCCGUCACAUGGCGUGUAGUGGAAGAACUUAGGCUGAAUAAAAAAUGUCAGCCUUCAUACCUACUUUGCUCGAAUUCAGAGGGAAAUAUCGUCCACUGAGUUUAUGACAUUUGAUCACUUCGUCACUAUCAUAUUUUUGAUUGAUUUUACAGACAGAAUUAGUACUAGUUCAUGCUAUAAUCAAUGCUGAAAUAGCAAUGAUUAAUCUUCUUUGUAGUUUUCAGAAAAGAGUAACACGGCAAUCCGUAAACCACCACCCACCAACAGAGGGCGCUCUGCAUUAUGUGCUCUAAUGAUGGCAGAUAAAAAGUGACGUGAGACCAAAGUCUAGCGUGCAUGUUUUCUAUCAGUAUUACACCACAGGCCAACAAUUUUCUUUACUUUUGGUUCAUCUCAGUUUUGUGGAUCGUAUAUAAUUAAAGCUUCUUUCUGGUGUAUGACCACAGCAGCAAGUGUAUGGUGGUCACGCUGAAAACUUGCCUUGAAGCCUCCCACGAAAAUGCAAUCACACGACAACGCACCAAUACCAUCCAAGAUCCAACACCCCUGGAUACGAGUGCGUUUCGGUACGAGUUGAUUUUUACUGCGUUGCAUUGUUUUUUAUCUGUGAGUGAUGGCUGACCUAAGAUUCUUUAUCAAGGAUCGUCAGGGAAUCUUUGCGCAGGAAACCAGGCUAGAACAUAAUCUGCUCUGAGCGGAAAAACGGGAAAAGGGGCUGGUUUUUGGUACUCAC